UUUGACAUUACCCAUAACGGAAGAGUAAAUGGUGAAAAUAAUGGAACUUGUGAGAUGGCAAAAUUAAGAGUUUAAUUUGAAAAAAAGACUCAGAUUAAUUUGAGUUUAUAUUUUUGUCUUUCUUUUCUUUCUGCAGUUUUAGCUUUGUUCUUUUUUUUUCUUUCUUUUUUUCUAAUCCUUUUAAGUUACCGUUCGUUUUAAUCUUGUUUAAAAAAUUAACAGUUAUAAAAAAAUGUAAGUCAGCUCCCGGAAGGAGUUGUUAGGACCUUUGAAAGUUUUCCAAAUUGAAGCAAUAUUGGUCAGUUGCUCCAUUUUUUUCAAUUUCUCUGUUUAUGUAAGCACCAACAGUUUCUUUAUACACGCUUUGUUUUUAGAAUUGGAAUUCGGCAGCGAAUACGCUUCGAUAGAGUGCGGAGGGAGACGGUAGAGCACGUCAGCGUUUGAAGACAACAACUAACGGCCCUGUGUGACCACGGGUACGCGCCUUCCGAUCCUCUGAUUGGUUGCGCGGCUCGAAGCGCGAUAGCCCUGCAAUAAUUAGUUCCCGUCGAGCGACCGGUGUGACGUCCUCGUGGAGGUCGCGCGCCAGAAAAGGCGCGAGCCGCAGAAGAGAUGGCGUCGAGCGCUUCGGACCAACUACAGAAGGAAAGUGGGCCCGAAGAAGAAGAAGAAGAAAAGGGAGCUGCCGGCACGUCUCCUGUCUCAUUGGAGAGCCCACCUCGAAAGGCGAAGGGCCACCGUCUCUUUCGUCUCGGCGGGGAGGAAGACCAAGGGGAGGAGGAAGCUGGGCCGCUGCCGCGGGAAUUCCCCUCCUACCUGGGAGCGCUGACCGGCCGGGAGAAAGCGGCCCUGUAUUGCGACGACCUCUUGAAGGGUUGCAAGGCAGAGGAUGCCAAUGAAGCUGUGAGUAAGUAUCUUGUAGAAAAACUGAAGAUGAAGGAAAAUUGGCUUGGAAUUUGGAAAACCAACCCAGAACUUUUUUUUGUCAAUUCUGAAGAAAUUCCCAUACCUUUUAUUGGGGUGCUUGUUGAGGUUACUUGUAAACUGCCCAGCAAUCCUUCAGCUAAUUUCAAUGUUUCCGUAUCUAUAGCUGAACCUUUUUCCUCUAACAUUGCAAAUAUUCCAAAACAGUUAGUUGAUGAGAUAUUAGAAGAAAUGGACUAUUGUGUGCCUCUUUUAGAAAUAUAUCCUGUUGAGGGACAGGAUAAUGUAGUGUUUAAUAUAGCCAAGACUUUAGAAGUUGUGAGAUUUUUCUAUGACUUCCUUUGGAGAGAUUGGGAUGAUGAUGAAAAUAGUGAGACCUAUGCUGCAUUAAUGGAAGAGAGAAUUAAAAUUUGGUGUGAUAUUCAGAAUGGAAUUAUUCCAACUCCAAUUGCCCAUCGCUUUAGAAGAAAUUUGGAAAAAUACAAGAGCAUGCAUUUGGAAUUAAUUCAAUACCAGAGUAACAUCAAAGAGGAGCCCACAGCAGAAGAAGCUGUUGAAUGUUGGAAAAAAUACUAUGAACUAAUAAUGCUGUGUGGCUUGUUGAAAAUAUGGGAAGAUUUACGUUUAAGAGCUCAUGGACCUUUGGCCCCAAGAAUACUGAAGCGUAGAAAAGGACACAGACAUGAUGGAAAAACUGUAACUUACAUUGUUGCAAAAACAGUGAUGGCAGAAGUGGCUAAAGAAUUAUCCUCUGAUACAGUUGUUCAACAGAUUGAAAACCUAAACAUAGCUUUGGACAGCUGUUAUAGUGGUGAUAAUGUGCUUAUUUUCCCUGGAGAAUAUAAAGCAGCAAACUUGUCCAUGUUAACUGAAGAUAUUAUUAUUAAAGGAGUUGGAAAACCAGAGGAAAUUGUGAUAGUUUCAGAACCUGCUAAUGAGAGUUUUGUAGUAUGUAGGGCUAAAAAUGUCAAAUUCAUGAAUAUUACAUUGCUUCAGCAAGGGACUAUUGAUGGAAUUAUUGUAGUUGAAUCUGGACACACAGUUUUGGAGAAUUGUAUAUUGAAGUGUGAAGGAACUGGUGUUUGUGUACUCGUCGGGGCUUCGCUGACAGUUACAAAUAGCGAAAUUACUGGAGCACAGGGAGCUGGUGUUGAGUUAUAUCCAGGAAGUGUGGCUACCUUGGAGAAUAGCAAAAUUCACCAUUGCAAUAACUUCAGAACGAGUGACUCUUUACAGGGUAGUCUUGGUGGAAUUAACAUAAAGCAGGACCCAGGCAAUUCCUUGCGCAGCUCCAGCUGAAUCUCCACCCAAAGACUGUGUGAGGUUGCCUGCCACCCCUAAAGCGGCCGCCAAUCAGCUGGAGCUGUAUGUGCUGAUCCUGGGCUCUCAGCAGGAUCCAGGCAACAUCUCGCGCAGCUCCAGCUGAAUCUCCACCCGAAGACUGAAUGAGGCUGCCUGCCACCCCCAAGGCCAAUCAACUGAAGCUGCAUGUGCUGAUCCUGAGCUCUCCACAGGACCCAGGCAACACCUCGCGCAGUUCCAGCUGAAUCUCUGCCUGAAGACUGUGAGGCUGCCUGUUACUCCCAAUCAGCUGGAGCUACACGUGUUGAUCCUGGUUUCACCAUAGGACCCAGGCAAUGCCUUGCAUAGCUCCAGCUGACUUUCACAAGCCUGUGCGGCGUUGCCGCCACUUCACCUCAUCCACUUUUACACUUUUUUUACACUGCUGUUCAACCUGUUGUACACAUACCACUGGUUGAAAAGCCCUGCACUAGGACUCUUAAGGUCCCUCCCAGUUACUGCUGUUAAGCCAUACUUAUCCCACACCUGUGCAUUUGGCUUUUCUUGCCUAAGUGUAAAAUCUUAUUUUCUCACUACUGAAUUGCAUUUUGUUGGAUAGAGUCCAGUUUCAAGUCUAUCAAGAUCUUUUUAGAUC